CAUCCUACGAAUACAUAAUAAUUGGAGAACACAGGACUGUUCCCUUUCAUUCGUUUACACAACAUAGUGCUCUCUUCCAUUAAACAGAAGAGACCAAUCGAUCGCUACCAUAAUAAAUACGUGCCAUUCUUGACUUGACGGGAAACAUCCGUGGCAUUUGAAAAUACAUUCAUUGGAAACCCUAGAUACGACAUUACGACCGAGGACGAUUAGCCUGUUUGACUAAUCACCAAACUCAUCCGGGACAUACAUAGUAAUAAUUGGAAUUAUAUAUUCAUCGACGGAUUGCUUCAAAACGAACGAAUCAGGAAUCGAAGCUAAGAAUCGGAAAUUGAGUUUCAGUCACCAUGCCGAGCUUUAUCCAGAAGAUCCAAGCCAAGAUCGAGCUAUUUCGACUUGAGCAGAGGUACACGCGUAACCGUCACCGCCGAUCUGCGUUCAUCAGCAAUGCAGUCUACGUUGAUGGCGAAUACAUCUAUCAGACACCAAACAACACGGGCUCAUCUACCAACAGCUCCUCCACCAAUGCGUACUCGCCAACAAAUGAGGAGAGCACCAGACGCCACAGCGCUAUUAUUGAGGAACCUAACAGGCGCUUCACAGAGCCACCAACCCAGGCGCAAACGCAAAAGAAGCGACUACACAGGUUCUCGUCAAUGCCUGGAUUUGGCUCCUCGACAAAGAGCAGUGCGCAGGAUUGGAGGCCAAGCGAAGUUGACGUGGCGGAAGUGCGGUGAGAGUCUGAUCUCUCACUAGCUAGCUCCCCACGAGGGAGAAUGAUAGAGUAAAUACUGGGGCGGUGCUCUAGAAGUUCAAUUCGGAACUACCAUGAAAAUUGCUUCUUUUUUGGAUAUACCAAUUUAAUGGGAGAUGCUAUAGCAGCACUCCCGACCGGCCCUCGGGGGUCCUCACGACAGUCAUUAUUUGGGCGCUUCUUGUUUUUGUGUAUUACCAAGCAUGGCGGUAUCAUUACCAGUCCAAUUGAUGCAGAAACUUUUGGAAUACGGGCGUUUUGAUACGACUCCUUCAGCUGUACAUAUUCUACUUUUACGACAACAAGGGAAUACUUUAACGUUCUUCACAACCCAAACUACAUAACGCAUUUUAUUCAUUCAAUUGCUGUGCCACGUUGUGUGAUUGAGAC